AUGUACGCUUGGUAUGAUCUUUCGACUCCGGUUCCGGUUAGCGACUCACUUCCGGCGGCCAUGUUUUCGAACGAUUAUGAGAUCCAUCACGGCGGUUGUGGAGGGUACAGCAUUGGAACAACUGAAAGCGACGUUACAGGAGUCAUGAUUGGUCAGCGAUUCAUUAUCACAUGCUCGGAGCCCGAUGGCGUCAGAGACGCUACAAAGACGUUUGACGACGUCAAGCCAGGUUCCAUUGUGACGUACAUCAACCCUGGAUAUACGAGCUCCGGAGAUCUCGUGCGCACGUGCACGUCGACCGGUGGCUGGUGUGCAGACUUCUCGAAUAGGUGUGAAGACUUCUCGGAUAGGUGUGCAGACUUCUCGGAUAGGUGUGCAGACUUCUCGGAUAGGUGUGCAGACUUCUCGGAUAGGUGUGCAGACUUCUCGAAUAGGUGUGAAGACUUCUCGGAUAGGUGUGCAGACUUCUCGGAUAGGUUUGCAGACUUCUCGGAUAGGUGUGCAGACUUCUCGGAUAGGUGUGCAGACUUCUCGGAUAGGUGUGCAGACUUCUCGGAUAGGUGUGCAGACUUCUCGGAUAGGUUUGCAGACUUCUCGGAUAGGUGUGCAGACUUCUCGGAUAGGUGUGCAGACUUCUCGGAUAGGUGUGCAGACUUCUCGGAUAGGUGUGCAGACUUCUCGGAUAGGUGUGCAGACUUCUCGGAUAGGUGUGCAGACUUCUCGGAUAGGUGUGCAGACUUCUCGGAUAGGUGUGAAGACUUCUCGGAUAGGUGUGCAGACUUCUCGGAUAGGUGUGCAGACUUCUCGGAUAGGUUUGCAGACUUCUCGGAUAGGUGUGAAGACUUCUCGGAUAGGUGUGAAGACUUCUCGAAUAGGUGUGCAGACUUCUCGGAUAGGUGUGCAGACUUCUCGGAUAGGUGUGCAGACUUCUCGGAUAGGUGUGCAGACUUCUCGGAUAGGUGUGCAGACUUCUCGGAUAGGUGUGCAGACUUCUCGGAUAGGUGUGCAGACUUCUCGGAUAGGUUUGCAGACUUCUCGGAUAGGUGUGCAGACUUCUCGGAUAGGUGUGCAGACUUCUCGGAUAAGUGUGCAGACUUCUCGGAUAGGUGUGCAGACUUCUCGGAUAGGUUUGCAGACUUCUCGGAUAGGUGUGCAGACUUCUCGGAUAGGUUUGCAGACUUCUCGGAUAGGUGUGCAGACUUCUCGGAUAGGUGUGCAGACUUCUCGGAUAGGUGUGCAGACUUCUCGGAUAGGUGUGCAGACUUCUCGGAUAGGUGUGAAGACUUCUCGGAUAGGUGUGCAGACUUCUCGGAUAGGUGUGCAGACUUCUCGGAUAGGUUUGCAGACUUCUCGAAUAGGUGUGCAGACUUCUCGGAUAGGUUUGCAGACUUCUCGGAUAGGUUUGCAGACUUCUCGGAUAGGUGUGCAGACUUCUCGGAUAGGUGUGCAGACUUCUCGGAUAGGUGUGAAGACUUCUCGGAUAGGUGUGCAGACUUCUCGAAUAGGUGUGAAGACUUCUCGGAUAGGUGUGCAGACUUCUCGGAUAGGUUUGCAGACUUCUCGGAUAGGUGUGCAGACUUCUCGGAUAGGUGUGCAGACUUCUCGGAUAGGUGUGCAGACUUCUCGGAUAGGUUUGCAGACUUCUCGGAUAGGUGUGCAGACUUCUCGGAUAGGUGUGCAGACUUCUCGGAUAGGUGUGCAGACUUCUCGGAUAGGUUUGCAGACUUCUCGGAUAGGUGUGCAGACUUCUCGGAUAGGUGUGAAGACUUCUCGGAUAGGUGUGAAGACUUCUCGGAUAGGUUUGCAGACUUCUCGGAUAGGUGUGCAGACUUCUCGGAUAGGUGUGCGAAUCAUUUUAGGAUUUAUCAGAAAAUUAUACUGAACCCUACCAUUUUCUGCAGGAAUAUACAUGCAAUCAUAUCAUACUCGAAAAAUAUCAUUGUUCUUUGA